GACUGGCUGCCUGGUGGUGGGACUUUCUUGUGAUUGGGUGUUGUUGGACCGUCCUAAGACAGCGACGUCUCAUUCGCUAGCCUGUGGGAGUUGAGUUUAAAUUGGUUGGCGGUUAGGUGCAGAGCUGAUCCUCAGCUACGACUGCGAGUUUUUUCUCGGCCCUUUCUACGUGAUCCAUAGGUUCGUGCUUCCCGACUUCUUUAUUCCAAGACCCUGAAGGACGUUUUCCGCUCGUACUCUCUGCCUCUUCGCAGCCCCUUACGUUCCCUGCCCUCGUCUCCACCGCUGAACCCCUGUGGCUCAGUACCCGGAUCCGCAGCCUCCACCCAAGCACCAUGGCUCCUAGGAAGGGUAGCAGUCGGGCGGCCAAGACCAACUCGUUAAGGAGUCGAAAACUCGCCUCGUUUCUUAAGGACUUCGAUCGUGAAGUGCAAGUACGGAUCAAGCAGAUUGAGUCAGACAGGCAGAACCUCCUCAAGGAGGUGGAUAACCUGUAUAACAUCGAGAUCCUGCGGCUCCCCAAGGCGCUGCGCGAGAUGAACUGGCUCGAAUACUUCGCUCUUGGAGGAAACAAACAGGCCCUGGAAGAGGCAGCAACAGCUGAUGUGGAUAUCACAGAAAUAAACAGACUAACAGCAGAAGCUAUUCAGACACCCCUGAAAUCUGCCAAAAAACGAAAGGUAAUACAAGUGGAUGAAAUGAUAAUGGAAGAAGAAGAAGAAGAAAAUAAACCUAAGAAUUUUCAAACUGCAAGAGUCAAAAGGUGUCCUCCAUCUAAGAAGAGAACCCAGUCCAUUCGAGGAAAAGGCAAAAGGUCAAGCUAUGACAACCUUGUGACCCCAGCCGUGGGCCGAUUGGAGUUGUCUCUGGUAAAGCCAACUCCAGGCAUGACACCCCGGUUUGACUCCAGGGUCUUCAAGACCCCAGGCCUGCGCACUCCAGCAGCCAGAGAGCAGAUUUACAACAUCUCCGUCAAUGGCAGCCCCCUCGCUGACAGCAAAGAGAUCUCCCUCACUGUGCCAGUGGGCGGAGGCGCGAGCAUGCGGUUAUUGGCCAGCGACUUGCAGAGGAUUGAUAUUGCACAGCUGGAUCCGGAGGCCUUGGGGAACAUUAAGAAGCUCUCGAACCGUCUCGCCCAAAUCUGCAGCACCAUACAGACCCACAAAUGAGAAGACAGCAGAGCAAGGCAGACUGGAACGUGCACCCCUCCCCCUUCUCCUCCUAUUUCUCCUCCUCCAGUGCAGCAGUAGCGGGUGUACUAAGGGGGCUCUGGAAUCUUUCACCUGCUGUGCCCAGCACUUCGUGUCAAGCUGAUUUGUGGAACAGCAUUUUUUGUUUAUUCCUGUUUAUCAAAGACCAAAAAUUGCUUGGAGACAGCUUCCAGUCUUGCACCUCUACCUCUAGUUAAUGGGAGUUUAGAUAAAGGAAUUGUAGGGCUUAAGAGUAGUCUAAGGUUUUACAUGACCAACUGCAGAGUAACUGUCUCUAAGCGCUCUGCUCCCGUGGUCCCUGCUGAGUCUGCCAACUGCAGCUUCUGGGGAUGGGGUCAUCCAGAGGACAGUCGUUACUUGUCUGGUGACCUCGUUCCAUGUGGUUUCCCUAUGUCCAGGACAUGGACUAGUUAGUUACAUGAAGUCACAAGUGAGACCUUGUGCUUCGGUAGCCGCUGCCCCGAAGAACUAUGUCCUGUGUUCCAAGAACUUAAGAACGAGCUUUCUCAUUCCCCGGCUUGUGGGCACAUAGCUUCCCCUGUGUGGCUCUUUGUUAUAUUUUGUUAUUACUUCAGUCCUGCACAGACCGAAUCGUUUUCAAGUUGUUUUAUUCUCCCUUUUCCUAAGACUUUUGUACAUACUGUUUCCCUGAGUAAUGGUAU